AUGACGAGAAGGAAAAGGCCAUGGGUUAAUCAGGGCAACACCCUCAAUUCAGACACUGGGAAUCUCCAAGGGAACAAGACACGCUGCAGUUCAAAUAUUGCCGUGCAGCCCCAGUCCUUCCAGCAGAUCCUCAGCUUCUGCUACACGGGCCGCCUGAGCAUGAACAUGGGUGACCAGUUCCUGCUCAUGUACACGGCCGGCUUUCUGCAGAUCCAGGAGAUCAUGGAGAAGGGGACCGAAUUCUUCCUCAAGGUGAGCUCCCCCAGCUGCUACUCCCAGGGCCUGCACGCUGAGGAGGCCCCCUCGUCCGAGCCCCAGAGCCCCGUGGCGCAGACGUCGAGCUGGCCGGCCUGCGGCACUCCGCUGCCCCUGGUGUCGCGCGUCAAGACAGAGCAGCAGGAGUCGGACUCUGUGCAGUGCACGCCCGUGGCCAAGCGGCUGUGGGACAGCGGCCAGAAGGAGGCCGGGGGCGGCAGCGGGGGCAAUGGCAGCCGCAAGAUGGCCAAGUUCUCCACGCCAGACCUGGCUGUCAACCGGCCGGCCCAGCAGGCCCCCGUGGUGGCGGCGGCACAGCCCACCGGGGUGGCGGCGGGGGCGGGAGCCGGGCCGCCAACAGCGGGGGCGGCGGCGGCAGGCGGUGUGAGCGGGCCCAGCACGUCAGAGCGGACCAGCCCCGGCACCUCAAGCGCCUACACCAGCGACAGCCCCGGCUCCUACCACAAUGAGGAGGACGAGGAGGAGGACGCGGGCGAGGAGGGCACGGACGAGCAGUCCCGGCAGAUCUGCAACGUGUACACCAUGUACCGCAUGAUGAACGUCGGCCAGACUGCCGAGAAGGUGGAGGCCCUCCCUGAGCAGGUGGCCCCUGAGUCUCGGAAUCGCAUCCGAGUGCGGCAGGACCUAGCGCCUCUCCCCGCCGAGCUCAUCAACCAGAUUGGCAACCGCUGCCACCCCAAGCUCUACGACGAGGGCGACCCCUCAGAGAAGCUGGAGCUGGUGACAGGCACCAACGUGUACAUCACGAGGGCGCAGCUCAUGAACUGCCACGUCAGCGCAGGCACACGCCACAAGGUCCUGCUGCGGCGCCUCCUGGCCUCCUUCUUUGACCGGAACACGCUGGCCAACAGCUGUGGCACCGGCAUCCGCUCCUCCAGCAACAACCCCAGCCGCAAACCGCUGGACAGUCGCGUGCUCCACGCCGUCAAAUACUACUGCCAGAACUUCGCCCCCAACUUCAAGGAGAGCGAGAUGAACGCCAUUGCGGCCGACAUGUGCACCAACGCCCAACGCGUUGUGCGCAAGAGCUGGAUCCCCAAGGUCAAGCCGCUCAUGGCUGAGGGCGACGCCUACACCACCUUCAUCAGCUACACGGGCAAGAUAGAGCCGGACAUGAUGGGUGUGGAGCACGGCUACGAGACGGCCAGCCACGACGGCGAGGCCGGCCCCUCAGCCGAGGAGGCCCUCCAGUAACCCCCAGCGGACCCUCCCGCGGGGCCGCCACACUCCCCCUCCUGUCACACCCACCCGCCAUCCUGGUCACGAGCUACUGUCUGUCCUUCCCCAGGACCCGCGGGGGGUGCUGCAUGCUCCCAGCUCCUCUGCCUCCCCGUCCCAUCCCCUGACCCCAAGCCGAUCGGGGAUCCGGGCUGGGAGAGGAUGGCAGGUGGUGCGAGGUCCGCGUGGCCUUCUCUAGCACACACUCAUGCACAGUCGGGGGGCUCUUGCUAACCCCUAGUGACUCUCUCCCCACUCACCAGGCCAGGCACAGGGAGGGGCCAGCCUGGGGGGGCUUGGGAAGACCCCCUUCCCAGGCCCUGGGCCACCAAGCGGGAGCAUUCCUCAGCCUCCGCCCCCCCCCCCCCCCCCCCCACUGCAGCCCCUCGGGACUUGCAGGGGCCCCCGGGUUCUCAGGACCCCUCCCGCCACCACCUCCCAGUGCUUCCACGUUUCCAAAAGCGCCUUCCUGUUUCCCUCGUCUGUCCCUGCACCUGGGGGCUGGGGUAGGCGAGGCCGUGAGGACUGCCCAUUUUACAGCUGAGGAAACUGAGGCUCAGAGAAACUGGCCGACCCAAGGUGGUGGGCGGUGGCAGGCCCAGCGCCCUUCUCUUCCCCUCCCCAUGCUCAGCCUCUCUUGCCAUCACCAGUCCCCUGGGGCCUGAGAGGGGCAGGUCCUGAGUCAGGGGAGCCCUUGGGGGC